AGGGUAAUGUCUUGAUUGAUCACGUAUGGUCGACUUCCCACACGGCCACACAAACGCACACGAGCAGAAAGGAAAUUCCCAGAAACUCCACAACUUUCCCGGAAAUCGGAAUUUAGGGUUUCUACCGCUCCUCUCUUGCGCAACAUUUCACAAAUUUCUGAGGAAGCGCUUCAGAAUCACAAAAACCCUUGAAGAAGGGAGGCUAGUAAGUGAAAGAUAUAAGAAAUGGAUGAGACGGAGGGAGGCGAUUUUCAUCGAAACGAGGCGAUCUCGGCGGUGGCCGACGACGGGUUCCUUGGAGAGGAGGACGACGACUAUGAGGACCUCUACAACGACGUGAAUGUUGGCGAGGGCUUCUUGCAAUCCUUAUCUCGCAAGAACCAGGCCCCUGACGUGGCCUACCAAGAUGAUGCCGCUGCUGCCAGUACCAAUAACGGGAACAACAAUGGCGGCAGCAGAAACGACGUGGAAGAGAGCAAGGAUGCUUAUCCCCAGGUUGAACCGAUUCCAGGUACUUCUCAAGUAUCUUUAUCAGGUGUUGCUGGUGAAAGUAGUGUUUCUAGGGUUGCUGGUUAUGAAAGUCAGGGGUAUAAGGGGCCAUCUUAUUUGGGCCCAGCUGGAUCGGGAGGGAUUAGGGUUGAAUUGGGGCAAGGUUCUAGUAAAGUAAGCGAGGUUGAGAAUCAAAGUGCUAAUAUUAAUAAUAUUAUUAUUAACACCAUUAGCGUUAACAACAGUAGUGUGGCUAUGCAUCAACAGCAAGAGCCACAACAGGUGCCACCGCAUCCUGCUCCUGUGGGGAAUAUAGGGACUCUAGUCAAUGAUAAUGUGAAUAGAAACAUGAAUGUUGCUGUUGGUGGUGCUGGAAAUUCUGCUCAUAAUGUUGGUGGUGUGGGUGGGGGUGGAGGUGGUGGCACAAUCUUAUUUGUCGGGGAUUUGCAUUGGUGGACGACAGAUGCGGAGCUUGAGGCAGAGUUGGUGAAGUAUGGGUCUGUGAAGGAAGUGAAAUUUUUUGAUGAGAAGGCAAGUGGGAAAUCAAAAGGUUAUUGCCAGGUGGAGUUUUAUGAUCCGGCUGCAGCCACGGCUUGCAAGGAGGGUAUGAAUGGGCAACUUUUUAAUGGGCGGCCCUGUGUGGUGGCUUUUGCUUCACCUUAUACUGUUAAGAGGAUGGGAGAGGCCCAGGUCAACAGGAAUCAGCAGGGGGUUGCGCCUGCUAGAAGGGGGCCUAAUGAUGCUGGGGGAAAGGGUGGUCCAGGUGCUGGUCCUAGUGCUGGUGGGAAUAAUAUGGCAGGUGGUGGGCCUGGUGGCAAUUAUCAAGGUGGUGAUGGUAAUAGAGGGUAUGGUAGAGGAAAUUGGGGGAGGGGUAAUGCACAGGGAAUGGGAAGUAGGGGACCUGGUCCAAUGAGGAAUAGGCCUGGUGGGAUGGGUGGUAGAGGUUUAAUGGGCAACGGUGGAAAUGGGUUUGGCCAAGGCAUUGGUGCAGCUUCUCCAAUGUUGCACCCUCAGUCAAUGAUGGGACAGGGUUUUGAUCCUGCAUUUGGUGGGCCAAUGGGGAGAAUGGGAAGUUAUGGAGGCUUUCCUGGAGCUCCUACACCUCCAUUUUCUGGUGUUUUAUCUUCAUUUCCGCCUGUGGGAGGUAUGGGUUUUCCUGGUGUGGCUCCUCAUGUGAAUCCAGCCUUUUUUGGCAGAGGGAUGCCUAUGAAUGGAAUGGGGAUGAUGCCGUCUGGUGGUGUUGAUGGGCCUAAUAUGGGAAUGUGGGCAGAUCCUAGUAUGGGUGGAUGGGGUGGUGAAGAGCAUGGUGGUGGAAGAGCAGGUGAGUCUAGUUAUGGAGAGGAAGCUGUGUCCGACCAUCAAUACGGUGAGGUGAGUCAUGACAGAGGAGGCUGGCAAAAUCCUGGGAAGGACAAAGAUAGGGCUUCGGAGAGGGACUGGUCUGGUUCUUCCGAUAGAAGGUAUCGUGAUGAUAGAGAUACUGGAUAUGAAAGAGAUUUGCCUAGAGAAAAGGAUACGGGUGGUCAAGACCACGAAUGGUCAGAAAGAAGGCAUCGUGAUGACAGAGAUGUUGUUAAAGAACGAGACAGAGAUCGUGAAAGGGAUCGAGAACAUUCUCGUGAUCGUGAUCGAGAGCGUGACAGGGAUCGUGAUCGUGAAAGGGAACGUGAUCGAUACAAGGAUGACAGAGAUAGAUAUGUCGAUCAUCAUAGAUACAGAGACCGGGAAGUGGAGCAUGAUGAUGAAUGGGACAGGGGAAGGUCAUCGAGAACUCACAGCAAGUCACGGUUGUCGCAUGAUGAGGAACAUAGGUCAAGAUCUAGGGAUGCUGAUUAUGGGAAGAGGCGAAGGCUUACCUCAGACUGACCAUAGCAUGUUUCUUAUUUUGGAACUCUAAUGUGAUCAAAGAAGUUGGGAAGUUUUCAAACUUCAUUUUCUCAUGAUCACUUGGGGGCUAUCUUCUGAGUGGUGUUCUUUUGGUCGCUGAUUCUUGGACAGCUAUCUUGAGUUCAUGCCCUUCCAUUGCAUCUUUCAUGGGAGCUUGUUUCAUCCUCACAUGAAAGAACUUAAAGGACAUUUGAUCUUUGAGAAUGGAAGCUGUUCAUCAGAGCUAGAGUUUCCCCUGGGUAUGGAAGAGGAUGCCAAGCUUCUUUGUUGAAGACACAUCGCCAGCAUUGAUGUAGAAGUUUUACUUUUGGUUUUCAGUUUCUAGCUUUCCUUUCCAUUUGAUGUUUUAUUUAGUUGGAACUUGAUUAAAUCAAUGUUGUGGAUGAUGCUAUGGCUUGGAAUUGCUGACGUUGAGCUGUACUAGAUUGUUUUAGAACUUACUGUUUGAAUGAUGUAGUUGGAUUUAGCCUAGAUGAUGUUAUAACGUGUCUGUUCUCUUUC